CUCUGUUCCUGUACAACACAGUGUGGAUGGGCAAUGCGUCUAUCCCCCCCUCCUCAUGUGUGAUGCUGCUGGUUGCGUUCUAAAGGCACCACACUGUACCCCUGACGCUUAUGUAGGACUUGGUAACCACGGCAACAAACAACAUCAGAACAGAAUGGUCAGACCCAGGCGGUAAAGCGUGAAGAAGAGGGAAUAAAGAUCUCCGACUUAAAACAAUAAGUCAGAAGCUUCCAUCCUGUCAACAGCAGAUCAAACAGGUGGUGUUGGUGUGAUCUCCCUGUGUAGCUGAGGAGCUGCCAUGCCAUUUGGCUGUUUGACACUCGGGGAGAAGAAGGAUUACAACAAUCCCUCAGAGGUGACUGAUAAAUAUGACCUCGGACAAAUUGUCAAAUCGGAGGAGUUCUGUGAGAUCUUCAGAGCAAAGGACAAGAACACACUCAAAAUGUUCACCUGUAAAAAGUUUCUGAAAAAGGAUGGGAGGAAAGUGAGAAAAGCUGCCAAGAAUGAGAUCCUGAUCUUGAAGAUGGUUAAACAUCAUAACAUCCUCCAGCUGGUUGAUGUCUUUGAAACUAGGAAGGAGUACUUCCUCUUCCUGGAGCUAGCUACAGGCAGAGAGGUCUUUGACUGGAUCUUAGACCAAGGCUACUACUCGGAGAGGGACACCAGCAACGUUGUCAGACAGGUGUUGGAAGCCGUGGCCUAUCUGCACUCCCAGAGCAUCGUCCACAGGAAUCUCAAGCUGGAGAACUUGGUGUACUUCAAUCGCCUGAAGCACUCCAAAAUAGUGAUCAGUGACUUCCACCUGGCCAAGCUGGAGAACAGACUCAUCAAAGACCCCUGUGGAACCCCAGAGUACCUUGCUCCUGAGGUGGUGGGACGACAGAGGUAUGGGAGGCCAGUGGAUUGCUGGGCCAUCGGGGUCAUUGUGUAUAUUCUCCUGUCUGGAAACCCUCCUUUCUAUGACGAAAUGGAAGAUGACGACUAUGAUAAUCACGACAAGAAUCUUUUCCGCAAGAUUCUGUCAGGAGACUAUGAGUUUGACUCACCGUACUGGGAUGAUAUCUCUGACUCGGCGAAAAGCCUGGUGGCAAGUCUGAUGGAAGUGGAGCAGGAUCAAAGACUGACUGCACAGGAGGCCAUCAACCAUGAAUGGAUUUCUGGGAAUGCAGCGUCCGAUAAGAACAUCAGGGAUGGAGUGUGUGGGCAAAUUGAAAAGAACUUUGCCAAAGCCAAGUGGAAGAAAGCUGUACGAGUCACAACAAUGAUGAAGAGGCUUCGAGCUCCAGAACAGAGGGACUCAGGGACCUCCAGCCCAGUACCAGGGGGCUCUACAUGCCCUGUCACCUCCAGCAACACUCCAGUACCCUCAGCUGAUGCUCCUGAGGGCACCCCUGUCAGCACAGAGGCCUCGGUCACCCUCCAGGUCCCUGACUCACAGAAUCCACCCGCCAUCAUCACUCCUGAUGAGCCAGAGGCAGAUCCCCUGCAACGGUGUAACGGGGAUGCCGCAGUGUCCCUCCAAACACCCCCACAAACACAGGACGAUCAGAAUGGCUAGACAGAGCAGCAGCACUACAACCCCACCACACACACCCUGUUAAUAACACUCCGCCCCACCCUCCCUCUUGCAGCAUUAGUACAGCAACAUCUCACUCGGUCUGUUAUAUCUGUGAUUGUUUGAGAUGGUCUGUCUAUCUUAAGCAUUGUUUUCUCUCACUAUUUUCCCCUCCAGUUUUAAGGAUACUCAUCCUUUUGAAAAUGGUUCAAAGCGUGUGAGGAAUACUAAUUGUUUUGAGCAGGUCUAGGAAAUGUCUCGGUCUCAAACUUUCUCUUCAAUUAAUUACUUUUAAUUUAAUGGAAAUCUCAAUUCAAUAAAUGUAUCUGUUUGAAUCUGAAUCACGCCUUCAGUGCAGUUCUUAGACACCUACAGUACAUGUUUGUAAUGUCCUGCCUCCUUGGUUCCAUCUCUUAGAGAGGCAAUUUCUAAAUAUGUUUGCUACUGUACCCUAGUCGAUAUGUUAGUGAGAAAUGAUCCUCAAAGCGACUAAUAACUGCAUAUUUUGUCUUUAUACUCCCGUUUAUGAAAAGAUGAAAGAAACCUGUGAGAAAGUCUGUCUGGUCGGUUCAUGGUCCCAAUAAAAUAAUGUAAAGGCCUUUAUUAAGAUUUUGCAAAUAGUAGCUCAUGUUGUAUGUAACUAGUUUAAGGUAGUGUCAAGCCUGUUACACGGUGUGGUAUCUAUGUUUUAAGCAUCUUUUAGCUGAGCUGAAGGGUUGCCAAAGUAUUAUGUAAAUCUAUGAAUUGAGCAAUAUUGGUAUUGCUGUAUAAAACUGACACUUUUUUUGAAUUACUUUAAUUGUGACUGAUCAGUAUGAGUUUUUUCCCCCAUAUGCCAUGACCAGCUAAUUUAACCUGACUGCUUUUCAUAAUGACAUUCGUCAUUGUUUAAAAAAUUGGUUCCUAUGGAGGUUUGGGACAGUAGAAAAUAUUUGUAACUUACAGAUCAUACACUUGACACAUUGUUUUUUUCCUCUUUUCCCAUGAAUACCUGUAAAGCUGAAAAAUAUAUUCUCAAUUCACUUAUUCAUAUCAUGGGAGCCACCACACAAGUAUGUGACAAAACAAAGCAAUGAUGUUAUCAAGACACACAUUUAAAAGUAUGCUACAAGGUUAAUGUAUGCUAUAAGUAUGCUAUUAUUAUGUAUUUAUUUAGCGACUACAUUUUCUUGUAUUUUGAGUAACGUCCCUCAGUCUCUGUAUUCCUUGACUGAAAUCUAUAAUAAAAUGAAUGGUGAUUCACAA